GGUGUGGCUGAGGAGGGGGUUGCAGCAUGACUUGAAAAUGCUGCAGCAUCCGGCCAUCUCUCCUCCUCCUCCUCCUCCUCUCUCCAUCUUGUUCAUACCGGCUGUUUCCUCCCCCCUCUUCCUCUCAGUCUGCGUGUUGUAGCCCUGCUGUGCAGUCCUCUCAGCCCUCUGUUGUAGCACCAAAGGGAGGAGGAGCCACUGGCACACACACUCACACACACACACACACACACGCAUACUCACAGACUCACACGCUCUCACAUCAUCUCUUUUGCACGCUCACUGUAAGCACCAACCAGGCCCGUUUGGAGCAGGCUAGCCCAGCCGUCUCGUCGCCCAAGAUGGAUGUACUAAUGAAGGGGUUCUCCAUGGCCAAGGAGGGGGUGGUGGCCGCCGCAGAGAAGACCAAAGCUGGCAUGGAGGAGGCGGCAGCCAAGACCAAGGAAGGGGUCAUGUAUGUAGGCAGUAAGACAAAGGAGGGAGUUGUGUCAUCAGUAAACACAGUGGCCAACAGGACCGUGGACCAGGCCAAUAUUGUUGGAGACACAGCGGCUGCCGGGGCCAACGAAGUGUCACAGGGGAACGUGGAGGGGGUCGAGAACGUUGCAGCGUCAACUGGGAUGGUCAACCAGGAGGAGCCUUGUAUACGAGGGAGGAAUAUGGGGGAAGUCAGCAGGGUGGGGAGGGAGGAGAGGAUUACUAGUCACCAUCCGGACCUCCCUCCAAUGCAUUCUCCAGCGGCCCCUCAGCUCCCCUCGCCUCACUUACCAGACUCCAGAUGUUCGGACAUAUUUUUUUGUGACUUUACAGAACCAAAAUCACUAAACAGACUCUUUCCGGUAUGCCGCCAUCUCAGCCCUACGACUAUCUCCCUCUUUGCCUCGUCACUUCCGGUGAUGCCUCCCCCCAGCAACGCUCCUGCCACCUCACCCCGGUCUACUCCCCUCUGUUGUAUAUCCCUCACUGCCUGUCUUUACCCUCGCCUUUCAUUUUACUCACCUGUGUAG